UGAGUGAUCGACCUCUACCAAAUCAUGUGACCAAACUACAGCUAAGCUAAAAUUUUAAUUUAGAUUCUGAUCUUAGAAUGUCAGAGGUUAAGGUUGCAGCUAUGUCGGAGAAGGAGCCACUACUGGGUGAUGCAGAGCUAGAGAAGUUGGAGGGGGCGAUUGUGGGUGGUGCCGAGCAAAGCUACAGCAGCUUCCCUGAUCCUAGAGUGGUCCCUAACCCAACACAGGCGGGGGUCAUACAGUCGAACCAGCCGAAGAGCAAGUGGGAGGGGCUGACCUUUGCCCUCAUCCUCUCGGUGGCGGCUGCAGUGGUAGGCUCCAGUACUCAGUUUGGGUUUAACACAGGUGUCAUCAACAGCCCCAAGAAAGCGAUCCAGUCUUCAUUUCCGUCCAAUGGAACGGUACUGGGUGUGGCCUCUGUUCCAUUCAGUGAUGACCUGAUGACUGUUGCCGUGGCAAUUUUUGCUGUAGGGGGUAUGAUGGGAGCUCUACCAGCUGGGGUCAUUGCAGACUACAUUGGAAGGAAGUAUACUCUCCUCCUUAACAACAUACUGCUGGUGGUGGCAGUGCUCCUGCAGUCAUUUGCAAUACACCCGUUCAUGUUUAUUGCCGGCAGAAUCGUCGUGGGAAUCAACUCAGGAAUCAACAGUGUUGUGGUGCCAUUGUACAUAUCGGAGAUCUCUCCUGUCAGCAUGCGAGGGUCGUUAGGGGUGUGUCAUCAGAUGGCUAUCACCACUACUAUACUGCUCUCGGAGAUACUGGGUCUCAACAUUGCCCUUGGUCGCCCUGACAGCGAGUUCUACGGCUGGCGUGUUCUGUUUGCGUUCCCCCUCCUGUUCUCUGUGUUCCAACUGGUGACCCUGCCAUUCUGUCCUGAGAGCCCCAAAUACCUCUUCCUCAAGAAGAGAAAAGAGAGGGGAGCUAUAGAAGCCCUCAAACGGCUCCGAGGGUCGGCCAGUAUCGACGAUGAGCUACAGAACAUGACAGAAGAGUUAGAGGAGCUACAAAAACCAAAAGAGAGACUCAAAUUCUCCAACUUUCUCUUCCGACCCUCUCUCCGACUAGCCGUGAUCGUCAGUAUUGUACUGCACCUGUCACAACAGCUCAGCGGAAUUGUGGGGAUUUUCUACUACAGCACUGACUUGUUCAAGGCUGCUGGACUUUCCAAUGGUGACAUUGCCACGGUAGCAGUGGGAGUGGUUUUAGUGAUAUUCACUCUAAUAACGGUGUUCCUCAUAGAAGUGGUGGGCCGGCGGACGCUCAUGUUAUACGGCCUGGGGGGAAUGGCCAUUUGUUUUGCCUUCCUCACAAGUAUGUUCUGCUUCAAGGAUGGUUUCUAUAGCAACGCUGGUGACACGGACAUAACUGCCCCAGGUGUUCUACUCAUCGUGGCUAGUCUGGGAAUCACUGCUCUGUUUGCCCUCGGACCAGGUGCUAUUCCCUGGCUGAUGGUCUCGGAGAUGUUCCUACAAGAGAGCCGUGCUGUGGCUGUCACCAUAGCAACCAUUGUGAACUGGUUGGCAAACUUUGUAGUUGGUCUCGCCUUUCCCUACAUCCUGAAAUACCUUUACCCGUAUGGCACUGGCCUGUUCAUUGUCAGCUGUGCACUGAUCUGGUUGUUCCUCUACUUCUUCCUCCCUGAGACCAAGGGCCGCUACGUGGAGGACAUUACACAGGAGUUCAAGAUAAAGACUGGAGAGGUUGCCGAUAGCAACAGGAGCCGAGCAAGGUCAGAGUCAGGUGGUCUGUUAGUGACUGACGCUCAACUAGUAAACUCUGCGACUCCUGUACACAAAACUUGACGAGUGUUGAUUUAAAAUCCCAUUGAUCAUUAUUUUGGUGGCCUAGCUAUCUUAGCAGUUUGUGUCCAUUGACUCCGCCAUAUAUAUUUUAAUUGCUGUUUUGACUCAAUCAUAAUUAUAUACUUGUUUGUGUUUGUUGAGCAUGACAUUGAUAUUGUGUUGUCACUUAA